AUGCGGAGUAGACGGCUACUGUGGAAGCGCCUCUAUGCCCACCGGAUACUCCGCCACCCUGUGACGCCGGAAAUCAUACAGUCCGGGAGGGGAAGGAUUAGGGUUUUCGAGGAUUUUAAACCUCGGAAGGGAAAGGAUGAUUUUGGUUCUAAGUUCACAGUGAGGCGAUUGAUGGAGGUGAAGAAAGUGAGUCCAUUAAAUGAAGAAAAGAGAAAAAAACGUCCAGUGGUGUCUCCGUGCUGCAAGGAGACACCAUGCUUAUGUGCACGGAAGUAUCUUCGUGUGGUCGUGUCUCCGCAUGGAGACACGAUGGCUAGUGAAGAGAUACCGUGUUUAUGUAAUGGCCGGAAUUUCUUGUCAUUCUUUAGAAGUACAAUACCCUGCCUUGUUGCUUCAAGAGCCAACUUCUUGUACUCUGAAGAACAUACGUCUCGAGGUCCAAAGUUUCGGUAUCGCUUUCUCACAGGAGCUCCAUCAAAAUACCAAGUCGGAGUUGAACAGAAAACAGAUUGA